UAUACGCACAGACAGGGGACUGAACCUGCAACCUAGGCAUGUGUCCUAAUCGGAAAUCCAACUGCCGAACUUUCGCUCUGAGGGACGAUGCCCCAACCAACUGAGCCACACAAGUCAGGCCUCAUGUUACAUACUUUUUAAUACAUAACUCUCAUUUGCUCUCCUUUAUACUUAAUAUUUUUGUUUGAGUGUAUUAUACUUAAUAUACUAAAUAUUUUGCUCCUUAAUAUACUUAACACCUUCACAGCCCUUUAAGUGCAGCCAUCUGAGGGAUUGAAUAUUUGUGUAGCAUGGCACCUGGAUUUCAAAAGCACUUUGAUAUUGAAUAUUGCAAAACCAUUAGUGUCAUUCCAUUCUUCAAAAAGCCAAAACCCAUGAGGUUCAGUCACUUGCCAAGAACUGUGUAAUAAAUGUAAAUAAUCCUUCAUCUUAGUGGCUUAAGUGACAGUCGUUUAUUAUUGAUCAGCGUUUCGUGGGGUGGCUAGGCUUUCCCAGGCACCUUCAUGUGGCUACACCCAGCUGGAGGGUCUGCUGGGCUGGACAGUGCAAGAUGGUCUUCCUCCAUUCCUGCAGUGCUCCAGUCCCUCUCGUGUGGCCGCUCAUACAGCCCCCUUCCCUGUCAGUCUCAGGGCCAUGUCCCAGCAGACAAGGACUCCAGACCCCUACAGUAUUUCCGUGACACUCAACAAGUCACACAGUGAGUGACCAAUCUGGGCAGGAGGCCAGUCCGGGUUCGAGACCACAGUGUAAAGGGGCCUACAUACUUCACAGGAGAAUUUGUGGUUGUUAAAUGGUCUACACUUUAAGGCCCCUCAAUGGCUGAGAAUAGGAACUGUGAAUCAAAUCCAAACUCUAGUCCCUGGAGGUACCCAGACCUUUCCAGAUGAUGGUGAGCUAUAGUUCAAGGUCUCUUGUUAUACAAGGUCUUUUCCAGUACAUGGGUCUCGAAUUUAAACAGCAGUUUCUGUUGAGAGGAUUGCAGUGUCCUGACUCGGGUGCGUACAGUUUCGGGGGAAUUUUGAGUCCUUGCCAUGCUCACCUGUGUUGGUCAUGGCUGGUCCUGUCGACCCCAGCUGAGCAGGAGGAGGCAGGGCUUCAGCAUCCUAUGUCUGGGCCAGGCAGUUGGUGUGGGGUGGGGAGGGGGGUCAGGGGAGUCCCUGCAACCUCCAGUCCUGUCCAGCUGUGUGGCAGGGACCAACUGCCUGGUGCUGUAAGAAUGUGCAUGCUGGCUGGACAGUGACCUUACAGCUUUUGGGUGGCCUGAGGGGUCGGAAAGGCCAUCUUGUGGAGGGGAAGGCCGGCUUCUCUAUGCUUUUUCACCCUGUCGGUGGAGAGCACGGGCAACUCUCUGGGGCACAAGAAGGAGGCAGCAUAGGGGGCCCACCAUUUUCUUUCAUCCCAGAGACCCCAAGGACCCCAGGGACCCCAGAGAGCCUGAGAGCCAGCAGGGCAGGUUGCUGGUGGAGGGACAUGCACUGGGGCCGAUCAGCAUGGGAAGCCAGGUGGCCUGUAGGUGGGGCCUCCACUGUAACCCUUACCUGCCAGAGGGAAUCUGCCUGAGGAGGUGCAAGAGGUGUCUGCUUCUGCCAGUACUGUCCCCAGAGUCCCCACCUGCCUCAUGGAGUUGUGGUGGGAAAGGCAGGGCAGAGAAGGACAGCACAAGAAUGAGGGAUUAGCUUGUUUCGGAGCUGGACCAGGGUGCAGAGGCAGGACACAGGAGGUCAGGCGGGGUCUCCCAACCAGAUGUCCCAGUACCUGGAGGAUUUAUUUUCCUGACUCACCCCGCCUCAGGGCUGAGCUUCGCUGCUGCUGGGGGCUGGGCAAGCAUGGAACGCAGGGACUUCUGGGGAGGCAGCAGGAUACUUGGAAACCCUAGGGCCCAGAGCUUGGGCUGACCAGGCCUUGAAGAGCUAAAUGUGGCCACCAGCCCAGGGAACUUCUAAGUGGGUAUGGGGAACCAGGAGGAAUUGGAACUGCAGAACUUGGGGUGGAGGUGGCAGGUCACAGUGGAGAAACCAAAAUACGAACGCAGGCAGCUGUCUUGAAUCUGGGCUAUUAGUGAAAGAUGGGAAAGACCCCACAACCCACCCACCACCUACUCCCCUGAGAAGACAGAAAGACCAUUCCACACUGGUGCCCCUGGGCCAAGUGUCCGGUACACCCUGGCCCAUAGUUCAUUCUUCCUGCCUCUCCAGGCCAGGGAGUCCUAGGUGACCACAUAUUCUUGAACAGCUUCACAGCCCUGUCCCCACCCAGCUGAGGCAGUGCCAGCACCAGCUCAGGUACGAGGUCACUGCACUCACAGAACCCCGGCACCUCCUGAGCUCUGGGGGGCCCCAGGCCUCCUGCCUGGGGUUGGGGCAGGAUCUAGUUGUGAGUCCAGAGAGUCCCACCUCCCAGGGCCAGGGACUCUGGUCUGCAGAGUGUCAGGGUGGGAAGGUUCUGGGAAUCCUGGGAGGGUCAAUGACCUGAGCCCACGUCCCCACUGUCUGUCUCGGAUGCUUGGCGCUCAGGAACACCAGGGACUGUUACCUGGACAAGGUACAGCAGGUGUCGGUCGUGUGAGGUUGGGCUCCAGAUCUUCCUCAACAAGACUCCCAGCUCUGCUGCUUCCUGGCUGCAUUAGCCGCCCUGGCCUGGCUCAGUGUCCUCAUCUGUAAACUGGGACAGAGCCCCUGGACUGCCAGCUCCCUUGCCAGGGAGGAGGAGUAGAAGUCCAUCCACUGGGGCCUGAGUGCGGCCUGGGGGACAGGCUGUUGGUCCCAGGAUGCCUCUGCCUGAGCCCAGCGAGCAAGAGAGUGAGAGUGUGAAGGCCGGUCAGGAGCUGUCCCCCGAGCCCCCUGGGACUGGCACUAAUGUUAUUCCUACAGCCCCUGUGAAGCUCAAGGAAUUCUCUGAUCUGGUUCUGCUAAUGGCCUCCACUGAGAACGGGGGUGGGGUGUGCUCCCUGCCCAAAGGAGCAGACUGCAUGACGUCCCUGGAGAUGUCUGGCCCUGACACCCUGGCCAGGACCCUCCAGGCCCUGCCAGCAGAGGAGCAGGGAGGGCCAGUCCAGCCAAGCCCCCGGGUCUCCGAGCAGAAACACAACAAGCCAGAUACAGACCCCAAGCCCCUGGAGUUCCUGAGGACCCCAUUCGGGGGCCGCCUCCUGGUGCUCGAGUCCUUCCUGUACAAGCAGGAGAAAGCCGUGGGGGACAAAGUGUACUGGAAGUGCCGAGAGCACACAGAGCUGGGCUGCCGGGGCCGGGCCAUCACCCGAGGCUCUCGGGCCACAGUGAUGCGGGGCCACUGCCACCCCCCUGAUGAAGAGGGCCUGGAGGCCCGGCGCCAGAAACAGAAGCUGCGUGGUCCAGUCCUACCAGAAGGCUCUGGGGGUCCUGAGGUCCUCCGAGGCCAGGUGGAGGAGCCACCCAAGGGAGUGGGCCCAUGGCCCUGCCCCAAGGAGCCAGAGCCUGCCCCUGGGCUGGUGCCAAGCAUGCCGGCUCCAGAGAGGAGUGGAGGGCUGCAAGGCUUGUCGAUGCUGAGCUUACCCUUCAAGAAACGCCGAAUACUGAGGAUCGGCGAGCUCCCACCCUUCGAGUUCCUGAGGACCUGCUAUGGGGGCAGCUUCCUGGUGCACAAGUCGUUCCUAUACAAGCGCGAGAAGGCUGUGGGAGACAAGGUGUACUGGACGUGCCGAGACCACACACUGCACGGCUGCCGUAGCCGGGCCAUCACCCAGGGCCAGCGAGUGACUGUGAUGCGCAACCAUAGCCACCCACCUGACAUGGAGGGCCUACAGGCCCGGCGGCAGCAGGAGAAGACCAUGAAGGUGCCGCAGGCCAGGCCAGCUGGUCCUGGGAGCCAAGUGGACAAGGUGCUUCAAGGCGUGGAUGGCCUGCUCUACUGCAAGGCGCCCGACACCACGACUCUCACCAGGGCCCGUCCCAGAAAGCCCACAAAGCCCCAGGCCCUGCGGGGAUCCCCUACCGAGGACCAGGACAAGGGCCCAGGAGGCCCUGAGUUCCUGAGUACCCCUCUUGGGGGCAGCUUCUUGGUGCACGAGUCCUUCCUCUACAGGCGGGAGAAGGCCGCUGGCGAGAAGGUGUACUGGACGUGCCGCGACCAGGCCCGAAUGGGCUGCCGCAGCCGGGCCAUCACCCAGGGCCAGCGGGUGACUGUGAUGCGAAGCCACUGCCACCCGCCUGACCUGGUGGGCCUGGAUAUCCUGAGGCAGCGGGAGAAACACCCUGGUUCGGCCCAGCGGGGAAUUUCAGGAGGCCCUGAGUUCCUGAGGACCCCUCUGGGGGGCAGCUUCCUGGUGCACGAGUCCUUCCUCUACAGGCGGGAAAAGGCUUCCGGCGAGAAGGUGUACUGGACGUGCCGAGACCAGGCCCGCAUGGGCUGCCGCAGCCGGGCCAUCACCCAGGGCCAGCGGGUGAUGGUAAUGCGCAGGCACUGCCACCCACCGGACCUGGGGGGCCUGGAGGCCCUGAGGCAGCGCGAGAACUCCCCCAGCCGAGCCCAGAGGGAAGGUUCAGGAACCCCCCAGCCUCUGGAGUUCCUGAGGACGUCCCUCGGGGGGAGGUUCCUGGUAUACGAGUCCUUCCUCUACAGGAAGGAGAAGGCUGCCGGUGAGAAGGUAUAUUGGAUGUGCCGGGACCAGGCCCGGCUGGGCUGUCGCAGCCGGGCCAUCACCCAGGGCCAGCAGGUGACUGUGAUGCGCAGCCACUGCCACAUGCCUGACCUGGUGGGCCUGGAGGCCCUGAGGCAGCGGGAGAAGCUCCCCAGUGCGGCCCAGCAGGAGGACCCAGAAAGGAUAAUUCAACUGUGCUUCAAGACUUGUUCUCCUGAAAGCCAGCAGAUUAAUGGAAAAGUCAAAGAUAUAAAACCCAACAGUGAUUCUCAGUGAAGCCAGUCUCCUCUCCAACUCAGAGGAACCUCAUGUGUCUCCAGCUUCAAGGAUGUUCCACAUCUACACGGGACCCCGGCAUCCCCCACCCGAUUAGCUUCUGCUGGACAAAAGCCCUUUUCCACUCUCUGAAAGCAUCAGCAGCCUUCACGCUUCCUCAAGAGGCCUCUCAGGAGGAAUGCUCUGGUGUCGUCUUCGUGCAAGCAAACAAAAGUGCCAGAAGCUGGCAGCUGACAGGUGUGCGUGACGUGGGGAAGGCCUGACCUCCAAAAGAUCUGAAGACGCAUCUUUUGACAAAGUCACUCUUCCCUGUCUGCCACCCCGAGCCACGAAUACCCAUCUGUUUUCAGAGCACGAGACUUUGCCAAGGACUUUCCAGUCAGGUGUGGCCCUGCUUUGGCCAAGGAACGUUUGGGGAACUUUCUGCUUUUUGGAGCUGAGCUGAGCUGCCCUACCCAGCUCCAGCCACUCAGGUGUUUUCUAGACAGGUGCCAGGUGGGUCUCUGUGCCCCUUGACUGCCUGUUGUUGGGGUGCAGUGAUCAGAGCAACAGCAGGCCAAACAAGAGGCCCCAUUACACGCACUGCCCAGCUUUCUUUCCCUCACCGUUUUCCACCUUGAGCCCAGUGUCCGUGAUCCCCACAGCAGGUGUUGUUCCCGGCAGUGGGGACCAGCCCGGAUGUUUGCAGAAAGCCAGCAUGGGGCAGAUUUAGCCUGGCUGAGGCCAGCAGUGUCCUGGAUCACCCAAGUUUGUCUGACGCAGGAGGAGAGGCAGAAGUGAGGUUCUUUCUCUCUGCAGGUGACACAGCAGAGACCUGCCCUAGCAGGUCCAGGGGAAGCAGGCUGAUGUUCCCCUGGGAACUCCAAAGACUGCUGCUUGCUAACAAAUCUUCAUCUUCGACAGUGAGGCUCCUUUCCCCCAUUCUGUAAUUGCAGAGGGAGCGCACAUGCAGGCUCUUUCUCUCCCGGCAAGCCGACCACAGAGCCUGCCAUCCCACCAUGGGACAGUGACAUCUUGGAUGCCCCUCACUGUCCCUCUGCUUGUUCCUUUCCCUCAAUAAACCUUAUUUUAUAUAUCUCACUA